AGAUGAACACGAGUCUGGUUGUAACUUUACCAACUGUUGCUGAGUGCUGAGCUCAUGGAGGAUUAAUGGAUCUUUGUAAAUAACAUUACAGAGUCUGUUAUUUAGACCUGCUCUCCUUGUAAAGUGCCUUUAGAUAACUUUGGUUAACUGAAUUUUGAAUACCAAUGCAUUUUCUAUUGAAAUUAAAACCGCCUAAGCAAACUAUCUGAUAUUUUUGUUGUUUACAAGUAGAGUAUAAACGUCUAAAAGUGCACGGGGUAUAUCCACAGAGGGAGAUUUCCCUCUACGUAUGAAUGAAUGUCUUGUAAGCGUUGAGAGCAGAGGACAGUUAAGGGAACAGCCUGAUAAGCAGAAGCAACACUUCCUCAAAACACUGGAACAGCUGCAAACCUCACGAACUUUACUCAGCUGCACAUUUAUUGGCCCACCUUUGAAACUUCGCUUGAGAUAAUAUUUAACAGCAAACGCAGCGUAUCGCAUAACUUUAGUGUCCUCGGCGCGUGGGGGAUCGAUGGAGUUGUGAUUCGGACGGAUAUUGGAGAUUUUACGCUUCAGCUAAAACGCAGAGACAAUGGGAACCAUCGCUAAGGUGAUCCUGGGAAUCUUUGGGGUUACAGUCGUCGUCGUUUUGAUCGCAGUCCCCACAGCUGUCUUUUUAAACGAGGACAAAGACGAGAGCAACAACCAGAAAUUUUUCACCCUGGAGGAUGUCUUCAACAGCACACUGAAGCCAAAGUCCUUCAGUAUGAGAUGGAUCUCAGAUAGCCAGUUUCUGUACAAGUCCCAGGGUACAGUCUUUGUCCAGGAUGCUUCGAAAGGAGGGGUCGAAGAGUUCUUGACCCAAGACUUGUUUGAUAGAGUAAAAGCGUAUGAUUACCAGCUCUCUGCUGACCAGGAAUAUGUUGCAUUCCUGAGCAACUAUUCCAAGCUGUGGAGGCAUUCAUUUACAGCCUCAUAUUCACUGUAUAACAAAAUGAAUGGUGAAUUUCUCACAUCCACUGGCAUUCCUGAUGAAGUCCAGUACUUUGCCUGGGCUCCUGAGGGGAACAAACUGGCCUAUGUUUGGAGAAAUAAUGUGUACAUAAAGACAAGCCCUCAGUCGCCACCAAAGCAGAUUACUUUCAAUGGCAAAGACAAUCUGAUUUUUAACGGGCAUCCAGACUGGGUGUAUGAGGAGGAGAUGUUCUCAUCCAAUCAGGGUCUCUGGUGGUCACCUGGAGGGAAGUAUGUGGCCUAUAUUGAGUCCAAUGACACAGAGGUCCACACUAUAGAGUACACCUGGUACGGGGAGAACCAGUACCCCAGCACUAUCUCCAUUCCAUAUCCAAAGCCUGGUACUCCCAACCCUAUUGUGAAACUCUUUGUUGUGGACACUGACAACACCACUAGUAUAUCAGAGGUUGUUGUUCCAGACUUGUUCAGCUCAAGUGAGCAUUAUCUGGCCACCGUCACCUGGGCGACUGAUGAAAAAAUUGCAGUUCAGUGGCUGAAGAGAAUCCAAAACCACCUCAUCCUGCAAAUCUACAGCUUAAAUGGAACCAGCUGGGAACCUACAGAGCAAAUGGAGCUGAAAAGUACCAGUGGAUGGAUUGGACGGUUUUCUCCUCCAGAGCCAGUUUUUGCUGCAGACAAAAACAUCUACUACAUGCUGAUGAGCGACAGCAGUGGGUACAAGCACAUCCAUCAAGUGAACAAUGGAACUGUUACCCAAAUCACCAAAGGACGAUGGGAAGUCAUUAGCAUCCUGAAAGUAACAGCAGAUAGUGUUUAUUUUUCCAGUAAUGAGGACGGCGGCAGGCCAGGAGGAAGGAACGUUUACAAGAUAGACUCAAAGGGAGUAAAUUGUCUGACUUGUGCUGUACGUGAAAAGGACUGUCAUUAUAACUCAGCGUUAUUCAGCCAUGAAGCCUCGUACUACCGUAUGAGCUGCAGUGGUCCUGGCAUUCCCUUCCAUGCUCUCUGGGAUAACACAAAAAAUAAAGAAAUUCUGGUUUUAGAGGAUAACACAGAUUUUACCACACGUAUACAGGAAAUCGAAAUGCCCACUAUGCGGCGUGACACAAUCAAACUUGGUGGAAAAGAUCUCUGGUACCAGAUGUAUUUGCCACCAGGAUUUGAUUCGUCCAAGAAGUACCCGUUACUUAUAGAUGUAUAUGCUGGUCCCUGCAGUCAGAAAGCAGACUUCGCCUACAGGGUGGGCUGGUCUACCUACCUGGCCAGUACUGAGAAAAUCAUCGUCGCCAGCUUCGACGGAAGAGGAAGCGGCUACCAAGGCGACGAGAUAAUGCACGCCAUCUACAAACGUCUGGGAACCUAUGAGGUGGAAGAUCAGAUAACAGCAGCCAGGGAGUUCAUCAACAUGGGCUUCAUUGACAAAGAGAGAGUCGCUAUCUGGGGCUGGUCUUAUGGCGGAUAUGUGACGUCAAUGGUCCUGGGAGCUGGAAGUGAAGUUUUCAAAUGUGGCAUGGCGGUCGCUCCCGUCUCUAAAUGGAAAUAUUACGAUUCAAUCUACACAGAGCGUUACAUGCUGGAGCCUUCAGAGAACGCUCAUUUCUACGAUAACUCCACAGUGACUGAAAGGGCCAAGAACUUCCAAUCUGUGAAGUACCUGCUGGUUCACGGUACAGCUGACGACAAUGUUCACUUCCAGCAGGCAGCUGAGAUCUCUGAAGCUCUAGUAGAUGAACAGGUUGACUUUGAGGCGAUGUGGUACACAGACAAGGAUCACGGCCUCGGCGGCUCGGCCUACCAGCACGUCUACACCCACAUGAGCCACUUCCUGCUGCGAUGCUUCAAUGACGUCCACUGAUCACCAACGUCUGUUUCCAUGUACAUAAGCAGAAGUCCUUUUAGGGUACAGACUUAAAUUAUCAGAGCAGACUUGAUUUUAAGGGCUUUUAAGGACAUUCACUUUAAUGACUCACAAUCCCCUUGUGAAGCAUCAACAUAACGGAUUUAUUUUAAGUAUUUAAUUAUGUUGUUUUAUGAAUUCAAUCUGAGACAAGCAUCAGAGCAAUAAUAUGAAGGUUUGAACUGAACUAUGCUUUUACUGCUCAGUCCUGAAGGGUUUUUACCAUAUUUUCAUAAAUUAUUAUUGAUUAUUUACUGGCAAUGCAUUGAAAUAAUUCCAUGAGCUUUACUAACUUUAUGAGACUGUUGACUGUUUGAUAAAAUGACUGUUUUGUAAAAUAAUAAAGAAUUAAUA